AUGCCAGAAACACUCCUAUCAUACUUGACGCGGCCCAAUCCUCGCAUCUCAUGUAUAGCGCGUGGACCAGUCAAGUUCACGUUUAACACCCUAUGGUUCCCCGUCGAGAAUGUGGAGCCAUGGACCGAAUUUAAUUACCAGAAUCUGAUGUCGCUCUUCAGUCCUGAUUUGAGCCGCCAGGUGGACUUGGCUGAUCCUACUCCUCAAUGCGAAGCGUCUAUGUUCAGUCAACUUCACGAUGAAGAGGCAUUGGGGCACGUUGUUGCAGCGUCAAUCAUGAUCCCCGUGUCCUGUGCCCUUCCAGAGGAUUUGUUCUUGUCAUCCGGUGCGAUAACAUGGGAAACCAACAAAUGUAGACCUGAUUGGUCAGGGGGAAACAAACUCUAUCUGCAAGGACAUGGUCCAGCAAAGGAUCGUCCCAAGGCCAUCAUUCUCGGAGACACCAAAAACCAAUGGUCACACAGAGAUGCUAUUACAAAAGUCCGAAAUUCUAUUCGCAAUGGUUACGAAUUUGAUGGGCCGCGUCAAAUUUCUCCAUUAAAGCAAAUUCAGUAUUAUUGU